AUGCGUGAUCCUUAUGCAGCCAACGCAAGAUAUUCAAAACAAAAAAAGCUGGAAGAUACAGGCGAGAGCUACUUUUCCUUAGAAAAGCAAACCAAAAGUGGAGCGUGUAAAAAACGCAUCUUAUCUUUCAAAAGUACUCAAAAAAGAUAUAUUCAUCGUGCCAGAAUACAAAAUUUUGUGCGCAGACCUUUUUGUUACACCAAUUGUAUUUUACAAAUCACGGUAUCCAAAAAUCACUCAGUAAAACAGGCCGAACCGGUGAAGAUAAUUAGUAACAUGCCGGCCUAUAAAAGCGAUCAAAACGCAGAUAUUCGACUUUAUUUUGUAGUCCCGGAUGAUAUAUACAACACAUUUGAAUGUCAGGAUUAUACAACAAAAGAUAAUACUUCUAAAGAAGAUCGCCAAGUUAAGAGAAUAAAUUCCACCCUUGAUAAUGUUGAACAAUGGGCCAUAAAGGUCCAAAUUAAUCCUAUACUAGAAGGGUUAGAUAACGGGAACCGUUCAAAAUCCCGAAGGGUCAUAAUCUCGAAGUCAUAA